AUGAGCGUUAGCAGAAGCCCGGAGAAGACCUGUUUAAUUUAUGAAGACUGUUUAUACUCGUAUAGAAUGGUGGAUGAAUAUGCAAAUAAGGUAGCGAACCUUGCGAAGUCUCUAGGAUUAAAAUUUGGAGAUACUGUUUCCUUAUACUGUACCAAUUCACCUCAGUUUAUUUGGACAUUUUUAGGAUUUUUAAAGUUGGGAAUAACUGUCGCUAUGAUAAAUACUAGUCUACAUUCCAAAUCUCUGUCCCAUUCUGUCGUGUCCAGUGAAUCCUUGGCUAUUAUUGUCGGAGAGGGUAGAAUGGGUCUUCCCUCCUCUCAACUACCAUCGGAUUUUAUAUCUUUUGACGAUCUAAUGUUGAGGGCGCUACCUGUCCCUGUAGAUCGUAGUGUACGACGUGAUAUCAAACCAUUCGAUACGUGUUGCUUUAUUUACACAUCUGGAACAACAGGUUAUCCUAAGCCAGUACAUAUACAACACUUUAAGGUCUAUGCUUUUUGUAAUGUCCUCUAUGCGUUUUCUAUCACCCCAGAGGACAUUCUGUAUAACACACUGCCUCUGUUCCAUAGUGCUGGAAUGUAUAACCUGUGUAGUGGGCUGAACGUAGGUUGUACGAUUGUUUUGAAGAAGAAGUUUUCAGCCCAUGAAUUCUGGGAAGAUGUGGUACGCUAUAAUGUGACGAUAUUUCAGUAUAUCGGAGAGCUGUGUCGUUAUUUAUUGUCACAGCCACCAAGUCCACUAGAUAGCAAACAUAAAGUACGAGCUAUCAUUGGAAACGGUUUACGGAAAGAUAUCUGGACCAAGUUUCAAACCCGGUUUAAAAUCCCAUUGAUUCUGGAGUUUUUCGCAGCUACCGAGGGAAAUACUCUUCUAUUUCAACUGUCCAAUAAACCUGGCUCUUGUGGAAGAUUGUCUCCUUUUAUACAAAAACUUGAGCCAUUUCCUCGUCGACUGGUAAAAUAUGAUUAUGACACAGCUGAGCCUCUUCGAGAUAAAAAUGGUCGCUGUAUUCCUAUCAAACCCGGUGAAGUUGGUAUAUUAUUAAGUGGUGUCAACCCUUUAACCAAAGAUUUACCAAUGUACAAGGCAUCACGUGCCGAGAAUGAUAAAAAGAUAGUUCGGAAUGCCUUCGUGGAUGGUGACGAGUAUUUUAACUAUGGUGAUUUGUUAUAUUUAGAUAAAGACUAUUUUCUUUAUUUUAAUGAUAGAAUUGGAGAUACUUUCAGAUGGAAAGGAGAGAACGUAUCAACAACAGAAGUAGCUAAUAUUUUAACUGAUAUAGAUUUUAUACAUGAUGCUAAUGUUUAUGGUGUCACUGUUCCAGGACAAGAUGGUAGAGCAGGAAUGGCAGCAAUAACUUUAUACAACGAUUCAGAAUUAACAACAAAACAACUCAAGGUUAUUUAUGAACAUUGUGAAAAGGAGCUUCCACAUUAUGCUGUGCCAAUAUUUUUACGUGUAUUGAAAGAAGAUAUUUUAACAGUAACGUAUAAACAGAAGAAAAGGGACAUUGUUAAAGAGGGUUUUGAUCCUCUAUCUGUUAGUGAUGCAUUAUAUUUUAGAGAUUCCAAACGAGCUACUUACAUUCCCUUAACUACAGAUUUAUACCCGGUUAUAUUAAAAUCUAAAUUAUAAAGUUUUAUUUUUGGGGGAAUAUAGUAUUAUUAAUAUUGUUACCAGUUGAUAGAACUCAAUUUCAGCUUUCUGUAUAGUCAUCUAAAUAUUUAAUUUACCAGUUAAUACAGCUGGAUUUCUGUUAUCUUUAUACAGUUACUGUAUCAAUAAUUUUGAAAUUCAAUAAAAGAUAUUGUGCUCUGAUAAAAUAAAUAUUAAUGAAAGGGAAAGUGCAAGAGUUUGAAAGGUUGUAAAGGAGCGCGAUAUGUUUUUUGAUUUGACUUUAAUGAUAUCAAUUGUCAACUGUGAAAAUUGCCAGUACCCGCUUUUAUAGUCUAGAAAGGUAAACUUU